AUGCGCUCCUCUGGACUUGUUGACCCUGGAUGGGAACAUGGCAUGGCUCAAGAUGAGAGGAAGAAAAAGGUUAAAUGCAAUUACUGUGGAAAAAUAGUUAGUGGAGGAAUAUAUAGAUUGAAGCAACAUUUAGCCCGAGUUUCUGGAGAAGUUACUUAUUGUGAUAAGGCUCCAGAGGAUGUAUACAUGAGUAUGAAAGCAAAUAUGGAAGGAAGUCGUUCUAAUAAGAAACCUAGGCAUUCUGAAGAUAUUGGGCAAGCAUAUUUGAAUUUCCAAUCUAAUGAUGAUGAAGAAGAGGUGCAUGUUGGUUAUAGAAGCAAAGGAAAGCAAUUGAUGGGUGACAGGAAUUUAGCUAUGAAGUUGACUCCUCUUCGGUCAUUAGGAUAUGUUGACCCUGGGUGGGAACAUGGUGUUGCUCAGGAUGAGAAAAAGAAAAAGGUGAAAUGCAUUUAUUGCGAGAAAAUAGUUAGUGGUGGCAUCAAUCGGUUUUAA